CCCCGGGAGCUGCGCGGAGGCGGCGCAGGGCGGAGCGGGCCGGGCCGCGGGCGGGUGCGGAGCUCCGAGCCCCGGGAGCAGGGCCGGGGGCGCCCCGCCGGGGCUAUGGAGCGGUACGAGAAGCUGGGCAAGGUCGGCGAGGGCUCGUACGGCGUCGUGUUCAAGUGCCGCAACAAGGACACCGGCCAGCUGGUGGCCAUUAAGAAGUUCCUGGAGUCCGAGGAGGACCCGGUGAUCAGGAAGAUCGCCCUGCGGGAGAUCCGCAUGCUCAAGCAACUGAAACACCCCAACCUGGUGAACCUGCUGGAUGUGUUCAGGAGGAAGCGGCGGCUGCACCUGGUUUUUGAAUAUUGCGACCACACGGUUCUCCACGAGCUGGACAAGCACCCCCGGGGGGUGCCGGAGCAUCUGGUGAAGAGCAUAAUGUGGCAGACCCUCCAGGCUGUGAGCUUCUGCCAUAAACACAAUUGCAUCCACCGAGAUGUGAAGCCAGAAAACAUCCUGAUAACCAAGCACUCAGUCAUCAAACUUUGUGACUUCGGAUUUGCUCGCAUACUGACCGGGCCGAGUGAUUAUUACACAGACUACGUGGCUACCAGAUGGUACCGCUCUCCGGAGCUGCUGGUGGGAGACACGCAGUACGGCCCCCCCGUGGACGUGUGGGCCAUCGGCUGCGUGUUUGCAGAGCUGCUGUCUGGGGUUCCCCUGUGGCCUGGCAAGUCUGAUGUGGACCAGCUCUACCUCAUCCGGAGAACCCUGGGGGAUCUUAUUCCCAGACACCAGCAAGUGUUCAGCACCAACCAGUUCUUCAGCGGGGUAAGGAUUCCGGACCCAGAGAGCAUGGAGCCGUUAGAAAUGAAAUUCCCCAGUAUUUCAUACUCUGCUUUAGCUCUCAUGAAGGGCUGCCUUCGGAUGGACCCUGCAGAGAGGCAGACGUGUGAGCAGCUGCUGCAGCAUCCCUAUUUUGACAGCACUAGGGAGGCGGCGGAUCUGGGGAAGGAACACGAAAAGGCAGCUCGGAAACCAGGCAGGCUGACUCGGAAGCACGUGCCGGGGCACCUGCCUCAGUUAACCAGCAGUAACAUCCUGCCAGCUUUGGACAGCAAGAAGUACUGCUCCAAAACAAGGAAAUCAAACUACCAUUUCCCAAACAUCUAACUGGACGGCAGACGAAAAACUAUUUAUUGUUCAAAGUUCGAGUCAUUUCAAACUUUAUAAAAGGAGGAUACAUGGUGGAAAACUUAAGUGAAUACCUGUUAUGAUAUAUACAAAAACGGGCUGUAAAGCAACGUGCUCUGGGUCACUAAUGGGAGGGAAGCGACGGACAGAUUGUAUACUGGUUUGGGAUUGUAUACUGGUUUGGGAUUGUAUACUGGUUCGGGAUUGUAUACUGGUUCGGGGUCACUGUUUACAGUGUGAAUUUAAGAACUCUGGUUUGUCAAUGGCCUGUAUUGCAGACUUGGCAGACAAACUGCAACCUUGCCAAAUAAAUCCAAGUCCCACUGUGGCAAAACAGUGACACUGCUUUAGACUGGGACUAAGUCACUGGUCCCGCAAGGAGCGGUGAACAGACAGUAGCUAUAAACCUGCUCCAGGUAGUUAUAAACCUGCUGAAAUAGCACUGCUUUAAAGCUGCGUGUGUCUUGUGUCCUGCAUUUAUAUAUCACAAAGUAUUAAAGGUACUCGUAGUGACUUUGCAGCAGGCUCGGCAGGAACCAUUAGCAGGAGGAGAACAUUUUAAUCAUAAAACCUAUUGUUUCUUUAGUCUUUUCAGAGUUUCUCCCGUGUGUUUCUUCCUUGCAUCAUGAGGUCGGGUUUAUUUGCUGUUUCUGUCAAUAGCAAAGUCACUUGCCUGUAGUGUUAUAGAAGUUGUUUUUUUCAAAAUUAAUUCAUUAAUAUAAUUGAUAACACUGGCCAGACGCAGGCAGGAAUUCUACCUAAGUACAUGUAUUGGAAUGAUUCUGGGCUUUUGUGUCAUCUCAGGAUGUAAUAUCGUGCUGAUUUUCAAUAAAAGAAACGUAGCUUGUUUUUCCACUUUA